CUUACCGAAUUCCUACUGCGACAGUUUCAUAAUACUCGUACUUGGAGGUGUAAUCGAACCAUCGAAACAAAGGUGCUGUCCAGGUGCAACCCAAUUCCAGGUCAUAGUAAAGUGUUCGUUGUGUGAGAGUGACGAUAAAAGUAUCAGAUCAUACAACCAACAGUCGAAAGAAAAGAAGGAAAUCCCGUUUCCAACAACAAGAUGCCAUUUGGAUCGCAAUCAUCGUUAUCCUCGUCUAGCGAUGAAUCCGUCUACGGUUCGAUCAAUGCCAACAACGAUGUUGAGAUGGCGCCUAGUGAUCCGAUCUUCACCGGUGAGGCACGCAGCGGGAAGAACUCCAACGUUUGUGGUGAAAAAGUCCUCUCUCCCAGAACCAGGCUCGUCAUUCUCGGUGCUGUUCUCGGUGUUGUUUUGUUAAUGCUUGGGAGGAGAACAGCGAUGCCGGCUUCCCACCAGUUGAAACACGGCAAAGGUGCCCGCAUCAAACUCUACAACAAGGACGACUCGGGUAUUGGGUCUCUUUCGAACGGUGCUGGGAACGACCCAUUUCAAUUGUCGCCCGUCGAAAACUUGGGAAUGCUGAGCAUCGAUCGAGCCGACGAUGCUCUGCCUUCACCAAUUUGGGGGAAUCAUUUGAAGAAAGGACUACCACUCCCUACAAACAGCUGGUACCUGGUAUGUUUGCUUAUUGAUUGUAUGGAAUGGAUUUGGUGGGAACGGAUAACUUCCCAGCUUGUUGCAGCCAUCUGUCACUCGGUUAUCAGUGCAACUCUUUUUCCUCGAGCUCUUCUCUCACGUUUUUUUUUUCGUUAUUUGUAUAGAAUCUUGUGUCUCAUCGAGCGGCCUUCCGACCAGACGAUUCGACACGCGUCUACACGGUCCCUUACAUCAUUGACACAGCGUCGCCGUACCCGGGCAUGGAGGGACUGCGCGUUCACUGGCCGGUGGUUCAAGCUUCCGAUGGAAACGUGCAAAUGGUGAACGAUUUCAAGAACGCUCUUUGCAUCGGAUCCGACGGCUUUAGUAGUGAGGACGGUGACGAUGGUAUCGACGGAACAUACAGGGUUAAGGACGGUGCUUUGUCGCCGCUUGGGGUUGGAUUGGAAUGGGGAGCUGGAAGUGAUACCAAUAGCAGCAAUAUCAUGUCGACAAACAUUGUUCGAGGUAUGCCGUACGCGACCAUGGUGUAUAGCGACUCGUCCAACAUGGUUCCGACGAUUUACAGCUACAACGGAUUGGCAAGUGACGUUCAAAUCGACCGCACCUCUACGUUUGAUCCAGUGACGAGCAAGUUCCCGAAGCUUGUGUGUGGAAUCGAGGGCACUUCCAAAAAAGGAAUCUCAGCCACGGUCCACAGCCACCUCCAUUUGCACAUGAUCAACUCCGAUUUCACUUGGAUCGUCUUUUUUAACAAACCGGUCAAGGUAUCGUGCGUGACAAACAACGAGCAAGACCCAAAAGUCCGUGACUUCAAAAUGACCUUUCUCGACAACGAGGACGACACAGAGGCAGGAGACACCGAUCUGGUGGUCCGUAUCGCACUAUUGAACCAGUGCACAACCGGUCACGCGUCCAUCAAAGAACAUUGCAAGGAAAGAAACGCCUUGGCGGACAAGGACGGCUACGAACUUUUGUUGAAGAACAACGCUCAUCUGGUCCCUCAAUCUCCCACCAUAGAUUUCGAAUACGCCAGCAAGUCGAAGAACGACGACGACGUUGCAAAAAUUAAUAUCGACUGGGAUGUCACUAACACCAAAAACGCUUCGAACGAUGACGCCGAUCUCCUAAUGUUCGCUCUGCCUCACCACCAGGAUUCUUUGUCGUCGGCAGAUAGAGAAGUCAAAAAUCAAUGUGUCCAUUCGUUCCACGGAAAAACAUGCUUGGUGAGUAGUUCAAAUUGGACUCUGGAAGAAGAUCUUGGAUCUCCGCUGUCCUUUGAUGCACCUCGACCACCCUCGGCGGAAUUCAUUCCGACCAUUGCUAAAUAUCUGAAGGAAGACAUUAAAUUCGAAAUUCCGAAGAAUACAAUGCGGGGUGCUUCCGAUACAUACUUCAGCGGAAAAAUUCUAGGGCGAUUGGCUCGGAUCGUUGCGAUUGCCUCAGAACUCAGAUCCCUGGCUUCGGCAUCUUCCGUAGAAGACAUCCAGGGCCGAUAUGACAUGAAGUUGGAUUCGAGCAUUGAUAUGCUGCAAGAAUCCAUGAAGGCGGCAGCGAGCGCUAAUCUGCCAUCCUCUAAGGAAUUUAAGGAUGCACUAGAUCAGCUCAAGUCGGCCGUCCAGGCCUGGUUAAAAUCGGAUGCAGAUGCACCCUACAUUUAUGACAAGAGUUGGGGUGGACUCGUGAACUGCGGGUGUUCUUACGUCGGGAAGAUGGACAGGGGUUACUGCAACAAUACUUUCCCGGAGUGCCCGGCUUUGUUGAGUGUAAACGAAGAUUUUGGAAACGGUACGUCUACAUAGCUCUUCAGAUCCAUGUUUGUUGCAAUUACAAUUCGAUUAUUGGUUGGGACAGACUGGGAUCCACACUUCCGGCUGAUUUGGUGCCCUCUCGAUUUCUUUUAUUCUCCAACAAUUUAGGUUACUAUAAUGAUCACCACUAUCACUAUGGCUACCACGUUUAUGCUGCUGCGGUCGCUGCAAAAUUCGAUCCAGCGUGGGGACGAAAACAUUUCGAGGAGGUUAUGCUCUAUAUCCGAGAUUUUGCGAAUCCAAAAGGAGAUGAUGAAUUCUUUCCCCAGUACCGUCAAAAAGAUUGGUUUCUGGGAUCAUCUUGGGCGAGUGGAAUCAUUUCCGCCGAAAAUUCACCCCAUGGACGGAACGAAGAAUCUUCGAGCGAAGCCAUUUCAGCGUACGAAGGUGUGACCCUAUAUGGGUCCGCGAUGGUCGAUGCAUUCGAAGAAGUCAAAACCGACGGCGGCGAUGAGGAAAUCACCACCAAAUUGGAGACUGCGAAACUGAUUCGAGACAGUGGGCAACUCUUAACGGCGUCUGAAAUCAGUGCAACGAAUCGUUACUGGCACGUAUGGUCAAGUGAUACACACAACAAUACGUAUCCUGCUGAAUACACGAAGCCGGUUGUUGGGAUGCUGUACGAUACUAUGGCAAUGUUCCAAACCUGGUUCGCUCCGUGGGCCGUUGUAUCAUAUGGUAUCCAAUUGAUUCCAUUGACACCCGUUGCAGAAACGCGUGACGACCCGGACUGGGCCGCCGAGCUCUAUCCGUUGUACGACGAAGCGUGUGACGAUGCAGGAAAAGAUUUUUGUGAAGCCAACGGGUGGUCGAUUUUACAAGCCGGUUUAUUGGCAACGGCGGGAAACCAAACCGAAGCCCUGAAUCAGGCGAAAGCGGUACCAAGAGAGGUGUUUGCCACCGAAGGCGGUGUAGGAAACUCAAUGAGUAAUACGAUAUGGUACAUUGCCACAAGAAAGAAGAUUGUUUGAUUUGACGUACGACGCGAAUGGUUAUCACAUCAAAGUAAUGAAAGAUAUCAAAGAUG